CUAAAACAACACAAUUUUUAUAUUUUUUAUUGGCAAAAAAUAGUCACGUCUCUGUGUCGAAAAAUAGUGCUUCAAUUAUGAACAAAAUUGGUAAAUUAUUGGCACUGCAGAUUCGUUAUAGCAGUUGCAAAGCAUUUUGACCCAGUCAAAUCAUUGCUUCGGUCCUAUGUGCAUUUUCUUGUAUAUGCGGAUUCUGCUGUCGGCAUCGAUUUGUUUUUAUUUUCAAACACUGACGUUGGCCCGAGUGUUCUCAGAUUUAGAUCAAAGAUUUAGCCCCAUACUCCAAGAAUAGUAGCAGAACUUCGAAAAUAAAAUUGUCGACAUGAGUCUUAUAAGUUUGGUAAAAAGUAAAUUACAGUCCCGAGCGUUUAAAGAUUUGUUCAAAUUGUUUUGUGCAAGUGAAAAUGAAGCUAAUCUACAGAUUGAAAGUAUGGACAUAGUGUCUACUUUAGUAGAUAACCUGGAAGAAGCACAUCAUCGGAAUGAUAUUAAACUACUUUCUGCUUGUGAGGAUAUGCUGAAACUGAUUGCUGAAAAAUGUGUUCCACAAGAAGUCUUGUUAGAAGUGUUAGAGAGGAUUGAAUCAUCACAGGAUGACAAUAUAUUUACGAGUUUGUUGAAGGUGCUCCAGGUGAUUCUUCUGCGUUUCAACGAGAAAAAGGUUCGAUCUCUCGAAUGGAGCCUAAAUACGAUAUAUUCAUAUGUUGACCGGAUUGAACUUCCCGAUUACGUGUCGAAAGUCGGGGAAGCGGAAGAAAAGCUCCUGGAAUGCGAUGAAACUAUUCGACGGAUUUUGCUUCUGUAUAUGACAGUGCUUCUGUUCUUGGAACCAAUCUGGAAAACAUUGGACAACAAAGAGAGUAUUUUCAAAUCCACCGGCUUAACAAGAAAGAAUGUUGUCAUCUGCUUCGUUUUGCAUCUGUUAGGAAAACAUUUGCUUCAUUUGGACACUCAUUACAAAUCGUAUAAGGAAGAUGAAAUUCCGGUUGUUGAAGACGUUAAAACUUACAGCCGACAAGUCGUAGAAGACUUGAUUUCAGUGAUGUGUAAUUUACUGGGGGACCCAUUCCAGUUGUUACCAUAUGGUGAAAAACGAAUGCGAUGGCGUUGCAGCAGAACUCGACAAAAUGAUUCCCCGAUCCUGAAUAUUUUCAUGAGUGAAGAAAAGUGUCCUAGGCUUGGGCUGGCAAUGUACCAUUAUUUUUUAUUGGGGGAAGAUCUUCUACCCAGCACGACUCCAACCGUUUAUGCAAAACAUCAUAUAUUUGAAAUGUGCUUGUAUUACUGUGUAACGCUAAUGACACACGAUCAAAGUUCUGCGCACCACAAGGGAAUAAUGCUCGCUAAACGGUUACUGAAAAUUAUGGCAGUAGACAAAUUGACAUCUGAUAAUCUGGACGUCCAAAUUCACCAAGAAUUCUGUACAAGCUUAUCAAAGCUUAUCGUAUAUUCCAGUUCGGAAAGAACUCGCAAGGAUGGAACUUUUCUUCUUCGUGAUUACAUAUUACAAUUUGAUUCUAAAGGCAGUUACUUGGUUAUCGCCAAUCUCUUAAAAACGAUAAAACAUAGUGGACUACAUUCUUACGUAUCGACAAUAUACAAGGAUUUGGUUAACAAACACCUUAACUGCGUAGACGAACCUGACGCAUGGUUUGUUGGGGCAUCACUAAAACAUUUGUUGCUGACGGAAAUAUGCGUUCUGAUAGAUGGAAUUGGAACGGAUUUGGUCGAAAACUCCGACACGGUUAUCACUGGCCUCAACGUGUUACGAUUCCUUCUGAUCCGUGAUAAAUUGAAUCAGACCGGUAUUUGGGAAUACACCACAGAAAUUGAACAGAACUACUUGCUUCCACUGCGUAAAUCAUUGGAUUUGUCAAAAGCUCAUUUCAAGGAGGAACAAUCAACUGUUAUACAAAGUCGUACUAGCAUAAAAGAUUCUGAAGUAGAUGUAUGUGUUAGUGUUAUCAACGGUGAAUCGGUGCCUGAAAUAAAUAGGGAGAAAAAAUUAGAAUUGUUGAACGAUGCGUUCAACAAAUUCGAUCUGAUGGAAUGUCUUCUCGCGAGAGUAAUUGACUGCAUGAACUCAAAUCCCAAGAAUACAUAAAUAUAUUUUGUUUUGUCAUUUGAUUUAUCAAUAA